AUGUUUAUUUCCUUUCUCCUCCGCUGCCAUGAUUCCAUCUGGGCCUUCCUCCACGCCGUUAUCCUUAAUAUCCCACCUACUCGCCUGCUGAUCUUCCCUUCGUUGGCUGGUUCGGUCUGGUUCCUGACUCUGGCAGCCCUCCUCUUGACAUGGCUUGGUCGUGGGAUGCCUGUAUACCCGGGCCAGAGUAAUCCCGAUGUUGCCUUCAUCUCCGACAUUGCAUCUUUCGAAUUGAAGCCUCUGUUUCUUGUCGGUGCUUCCAUGACAGCCGUGGGGUUCCUGUUCACGGUGGCUGCCGUUCAUGUUAUGCGCUACGAGCCUGGGUUUGCCUUGAUUAGAUGUCCGGUGAUCAAUGAAGAAGACACCGCCAGUGAACAUGGGAAUACCGACCACCAGAACGCUCGCGACCAUAUCACCGGGGACGACGAUGAGGAGGAUCACGAAACAACCAAAACGCUAAAAGUCGUUUCCUUGCUAUCGAUCUUUGCGUCGGGAAUGGCUAGCACAGCCCUCAUCCUACUCGGAGUCAUGGACACGUUCCGAUACAAAUUCGCCCAUCAUAUCUUCCUUCGCAUCUGCUUCGGAGGCUUAGCAUUACAGUCGGCUGGCACCGCAAUCGUAUACUCCAACGAGGUCCUGUGUUUCGUAUCUUAUCUAUACCAUUGGGGCGUAUGGCACAAUGACUGGGGCAAACGGAGCUUGCGAGUGAGGGUAUUUGCAUCCCUCUCCACCGCCCUCAUCCUAGUAGAACUCUUCCUCGGCGUAGCCUUCAUCUCCCUGACCAUCCCCGAAGAAGCAAACGACUACCGCACCGCCGGCAUCCUCGAAUGGAUCAUCGCCUUCCUCGGCACAAUCUACCUCUGGCUAUUCUGUGGCUUCUUCGAUCGAACCAGUUUCGACGGCUACGUCCCAAGCAUCCUAUACGACAUCACACCGCAUGGAAAACCCCCCAUGCGUCCGACAGUACCGGGGGCUGAAUCUUCAUGCAAUGUAUCGCAGGAUCUGGAUCCUGAGCGCGCCCCGUUGCUUCCUCAGUCUGGAACAAGGACUUAUACGUGA